ACAACAAAUUUUGCAAAUGGCGGUGGCACCUUUUUUUCCACGGUGAAGAAAAAUAUUGAAAAAUAGUGGGAAAAAGUUGCAUCUCGUGCACAAAGUGAUACAAAGAGUGUUCACGGACGUGUCACGGGUCACCACAACUUGGUGAACUUGUCUCCCGGCCACUACACCGUGUGGUUACUGUGAGGGAAGUCCACGGACUCGCCUGAGAUGCUCAAAUUGUUUUGGGGAAAAUGAAUGAUUUGAGCAAGGAAACGACACCCGUUGUCACACCAGGACCAUCUGCGUGGGAUCAACUAACUGGAGCUGCUGCAGCAGCACCCCCUAUUGUUACUGCACCCCCUGUACCCCAAGUUACGGAACUCACGUCACCCCCAGCAACACCCACAAAACUCUCAGUGACCUCUCCGUCACCUGAAGCGGUAGCACAUACACCCCAAGGGGCACCAUUGGCAUCACCCGUGUACACGGAAGAACUCCAUCCGGAUCUCAUUGCACAGGGAUGGCGAAAGUUCUGGUCAAAGCGCGAGAAUCGCCCGUAUUUUUGGAAUAAAGUCACAAAUGAAAGUCUCUGGGAACCACCAAACUUUGCACGGCCCCACGGGACAUUUGAUCCGGUAACUGAUCCCCUGGGCAUUUGCAAUGCACCCCCUGGGAAUGCGCAUCUCAAACGGCGUUCAUCAGAGGAAGUCACCCAAGCUGGUGGGCAACCACCGCUUAAGAAGUUCGUCCUGGCUGGCCCGUGGGAUCUUGAGAUUGCCACGAAUGUCAUUAUACUCGAGCGAUCGCCUACGACACUUCUACACCCUCAUCCGGAAAUUGAACUAAUGCGCUCCACGUACACAAUGAAACUCAUACGAACGUAUGAGGAUCUGUGUCAGCGAAGGGAAAAUAUCAGAGCCCCGAAGGAUUCCUUCAAUCGCUGGCUAAUGGAACGUAAAAGCAUAGAUCGUGGCAUUGAUCCACUCUUACCAUCGCAGUGUUUCCCCGAAGUAUCCCCAUCUAUGUUUCGAGAGAUCAUGAAUGAUAUCCCGAUAAAAAUUGUUAAGCCCAUCUUCACGGGAGCUGCCCGGAAGCAGCUGUCGCAAUAUGCGGAGGCAGCAAAGAAUAUCAUUGAGAGUCGUUCAGCACCAGCUGUGAGUAAAAAAGUGGUAAAGUGGAAUGCUGAAGAAACGUUCCAGUGGCUGAGACGAACAGUUGGGGCCAGCUAUGAGGAUUUCCAAGAUAGAUUGGCGCAUUUAAAGCGUCAAUGUGAGCCACAUCUCGUGGAGACGGUACGUGAGAGUGUUGAGACACUGUGCAAGAAGGUCUAUCACAUCUCCGUGGAGCACGUACGACGUAUCCGGGAGCGACAUGUGCAACUACUGUCUGAAAGUGGUAUCCAUGAGCCACCACUUGUGCCACAUCCACCACCAAUUGCACGUAAAGUGUGGUGCUAUCCCGUGCAGUUUAUGAUCCCAUCACCGCGUAUGCCAGUAGUUGAGUACAUCCAAGAUCGGGAUCAUAUGGUUAUUAAGUAUUCACAAACAAGUCAAUCGCAACCAGAUACCCAAUAUAUUAACCACACACACCUCCAGAAGCUAGAGCAAUUAUAUCGCUUUAGUUGCUACGAUGACAAAAAGUUCGAAUUAUUUAUCGGACGUGUCUUUUGUGUCCUCAAGCGCUAUCAGACUUUUCUGUGCAAUACAUCGCCAGCUAGCCAGGAGGCAGAGCUGACGCAGGCUUCACUUCCCGUGACUGUUUUUGAGUGUCUCAAUAGACACUUUGGUGUGACAUUUGAGUGCUUCGCCAGUCCGCUAAACUGCUAUUUCCGGCAGUAUUGCUCCGCUUUCAGUGACACAGAUACCUAUUUUGGAUCCAGAGGACCUUUCUUGGACUUUAAACCAAUCUCGGGUUCCUUCCAGGUUCACCCGCCCUACUGUGAGGAGCUCAUUGAUGCUACUCUUCAGCACAUUGAUAAACUCCUCACAGAAUCCUCGGAACCACUGAGCUUCAUUGUGUUCCUGCCAGAGUGGAAGGAACCACCGCUACAGUGUUUCUCCCGUAUUGAUGAGAGUCACUACAAGAGGCGACAAGUGAUGGUAUUGGGGAUGGAACAUGAAUACCGGCAUGGCUAUCAACAUGUCUUGGAAAAAUCAAAAGUGAAUGUAAAAAGCGUACACGGUACAAUGGUGUUCUGGUUGCAGAACAACGCGGGAUUUUCCCGCUGGAAUCCCACCGAUAGUCGGGUGGAGGCUCUCUUGGAGGCCUUUAGACCCGGCAGGGAACGAGAACGCGAUAAAAUCCCCCAGGCAGAGCCCACAAAUAGUAGUCAACCAACCCCAGAAGCAACAACGGCGGAAGUAAAGUAAAUCAUCCUCCAAAUAUGUAUCGCUAUGACGCUUUUCAUUUUUUUUAUUGAUCGAUUAUUAAGUUAAAAAAAAUCAAUAACAAAAUAUAUUAAAAAAAAAAAAAAAGAAAAACUUUCACAAAACCCAUGAAAGCACACAGGUGUUAAAAAAAAAGUUUUUAGCGUACACAGUAAUAGAAUUUAUUAUUUUCUUUUUUUUUAUAAUAUAAAAUUCAAUGUUCAAUUUAAUCUUCAUUCUAAAUAUAUAAAUAGUAUGAUGUUAAAUAAGAAAGAAAGAAAAAGAAAGUUCUAAAAUGUCGAUGAAGAAAAUCGUGAAAAGAAUGCAAUCUCAAAGAAUAAUGAUGAUGAAGAGAUUUUUUUUGUGUAAAUAAAUUAACUAUUUUUUUGUAAGAGCAAAAA